GGCGCACCAGUCACGUGAGCGGCGGCGGCGGCGGCGGUUGACGGGCUCGAGGUGCCGGGGCUCUGUUUGAGGUGACGCUGAGGGGUUCACGGGGUGGGGGUUUGAGGCGGUGACACCAUCGCUGUGUGGAGUUUGCGGUCGCUGCGCAGCUUGCGGUUGAGGCGUCGCUGACGGGGCUCUUCGUGCCGGCUUCUGCUUGAGGCGACCAGACCUUCGCCGUGUCCAGGCGGCGUUGAGCGGUUCACAGUGUUGAGGAGGGCAGACCUUCGUUGUGCCGGACCACUGCCGUCGCCGUCGUCUUCUCCAUCCCUUCAACCAUGCAUCGACCUCCCGUGCUCCACGUCGCCGCCCUCCUCCUGCUUACAGGAUUUUCCCUGACUGAAGCAGUGGAGAUUAAAGUCCACGACAACAAUAACAAAACCUGCAUAUAUGCAAUUUUAUCCGUCAACUUCACUGUUGUUUAUGAGGGAAAUGGAACAAUGGAAAAUACAACUUUUACACUGCCUAAUUCAUUGUCGUCAAAUGGAAGUGUAUGUGGCGAUAAUAAAUCAGCUCCUUUGUUGAAAAUGAACUUUGGACCUGGUCAUUCCUUGAGCCUAAAUUUCUCCCACUCUGCUGGAAUAUUCAGAGGAGAUGUGUUGACCUUCACGUACAACACCAGUGAUACAAAUCUAUUUCCUGGAGCAAAAAACACAAGUGUAAAGCAAGUAGCUGUGGAUUCCCUAAUGGAGGCUGCACCACUGAACACAGUUUACACAUGUAGAAGUGCCAAAGCUAUUGCAAGCAAAGAAGUAAUCAUGGUUUUUUAUGAUGUUGGCUUACAAGCCUUAGUGGAGAAUGGAACAAUUAGCAAAAAUGAAUCAAUCUGUAAGGCAGACAUGUCCACCACCAUGGGUCCACUCACCACUUGGACAGCCUCAACCAUGGCCCCGACUAAACCGCCACCACCACCAAUACCAUCAGUGGGCAACUAUACACUCAAAAAUGGCAGUGAGACUUGUCUCCUUGCCAACAUGGGACUACAGCUGAAUCUUACCUACGUGGAGGAUAACCAGACACGACUGAUUAAUAUUGAUUCCAAUUCUACUGCAAGUGGAUACUGUGGGGAUCAAGAUGCAACUCUUGUGCUAGAAGAUAUGAAAACAACUAUUAUAUUUCACUUCAUCGUGGAGCAAUCAAAGUUCUUCUUAAAGGAGGUGAAAGCUAAUAUAAGCCUGGUUGUGAAUGGUUCAACAAUCUCACUUUACAUCAACAAUAGCAGCCUGAAGUACUGGCAAACAUCUAUCGGAAGUUCAUACAUGUGCCACAAAGAGCAGAGGCUGAGGGUGACUGACCAAAUGGUUAUUAAUACAUUUAAUGUGUGGAUCCAACCAUUUGAGCUGAAGUCUGGAACCUUCUCGCGAGCUGAAGAAUGUUCUCUGGAUGAUGACAGCAUUCUUAUUCCUAUUAUUGUUGGAGCAGCUUUAGCUGUCUUAAUUGUGAUUGUUGUGAUUGCCUAUGUGAUUGGAAGGAGAAAAAGCUACGCUGGAUACCAAACACUCUAGAUUUGGUUUUGAUUCACCAAAUAAUCAGUGAUGUGAUUAUAUGAUUGCUAUCUAGCAGGUGGAAGUCCUCGCCCCUUCAACUUUUUAAAUUGCACUAGGUCCUUGCCAUGUCUCUGGGGCUGAACUUGCACCUAAUUCUACUUAUGGAGGUGAAAUGUUGAAAGUACAUUGCUGGCAUUGAGGGAUGAAAAUUUGGCUUAGACGUUAAGGCGUUAUUCCAAGAUAAUGCUGUUCAGUCCAAUCUAUAAGAUCUGUUUGGUAACCUGCUCUUGAGAUUAACAUUUAAGAAUGAGUAAUAUUUGCCAGCAAUGCUUCUAACAUUUCUACCUAUUUAAUGAAUAUAAAAUCUAAAACUGAAUGUUAUACAAUCAGUUCUAAUGUAGCUUGUUUAGAUGUGCUGUGGAAAAUGUAUAAAUGUUAAUAAUGUUUGUGUAUAUAAGUUUCAAAUUUAGCAAAAAUGUUUAUAGGAACAGCUGUUGGGUGCCUUGAAUUGUAUAAAACCUUUCCAAGUUUGUAACAUCUGUUCUUAUUGGCAUGUUCUAAUGUUAACCACUGAUAUAAUUUCUAAUUUGGCAAUCUGGAGUUUUUCACUGCAGUCGAGACAUGAAGUUUUGAACAUUUUGGCUUUUAUCUUGGUAUAUCUUAGACAAAUUACAAGCUUUUCCUGUAGUUCAUUUUUAUGUAAAGUUUAACUUGCAUUUAUAAUAAAGGAUCCUGCUGUAAGCCUGUACAGUUUUAUUUGGGGUUGAGGAAUGUGGAGGCUUUGAGUUUUACACUUCUUUAGGAAGCAACAUUUAAAAAGCCUGAGCUUUUAAGGCAUAACUGGUAUACACUUCAUGUACACUUUCUUGUACACUUGAUGCAUGUGGCUAUUACAAUGCCAUUCAUUAAUAGAACAACUUGUCACAACAAAAAAUCUGUUAAUACUUAACCUAAAAGCUGGCAUAAUACUGUUAAUUCCAAGAUGGCACUUUCUGGAUUUGUUUCAAACCCGGAAUCGCUAGUCCCAUAACCAUUAGUGGAGAUACAAGGAACUGCAGAUGCUGGAAUUUUGAGUAAAACACAAAGUGCUGGAGGAACUUGGCAGGAUCCUUAAGAAAUCAGUGUGACGAAGGACCUGGCCCAAAUAGUUGUCUGUGCAUUCCUUCCACAGAUGCUGCCUGACCUAUCACUUUGUGUUUUGCUGAGUAAUAACCAUUUGUAUUGUAUUUUGACAUAUGCUAAAAUCCAAGUUUGGUCUCAUUAUUUGUGAUAGUUUAAUAAGUCUUUGCCUUUGAGACUCUGUAUUUGAUGCCAGAAAUCACAUGUUACUAAGUUUUCCAGGUCACUUUAAAAACUUGUCAGAACAGCUGAUCUUGCAUCUCUUCAUUUGAAAAAAACAAUAAAAGCUAAUAUGACCAACAAACUAA